GGGAAAGGAGGGAGAAAAUACGAAGGGGUGUCACUCUUGUUCUUUCUCGAGUUCACCGAAGACGCAUUUCCCCAAGAGAGACGCGUCGGGGAGGGAGCUACAGGGCGAUAGUACAUUUUCCUGAUUUAGUUUCACGCACACCCGAGUGGCAAACGGGGGAGAGAGAGAAGCAUAAUUUAAAAUCAUAAAAACAGGCAUUGCAUAAACCCGAAAAAGGAAUACGCUGCGUUCAGGAAGACGCGGACUGUGCGGAUUUGUAAAAAAAAUCUACUGACCCCACCCAAAAAGCUAGACAGCGAACGAGUGAGAGAGCCGAGUCAAUAAAAAUGAGUAGUCCACACCCACGCCUCCACCAGUCGAGCGCUGCCGCUUCGAGUCCCGUUUCCAACUCUGUCCACGGCUCGGAUAAGGACGUAGACAUGCCCGCCACGGAGAAGGAUCUAGCGGAGGACGCUCCGUGGAAGAAGAUCCAACAAAACACCUUCACGCGUUGGUGCAACGAACACCUGAAAUGCGUCAACAAGCGCAUCGCCAACCUGCAAACCGACCUGAGCGACGGGCUCCGGCUUAUCGGUCUUCUGGAAGUCCUCAGCCAGAAGAAGAUGUUCCGAAAGUACAACCAGCGCCCCACGUUCCGGCAAAUGCAGCUGGAGAACGUCUCGGUGGCGCUUGAAUUCCUGGACAAAGAAAAUAUCAAACUUGUUUCCAUAGAUUCCAAGGCGAUUGUGGACGGGAACCUGAAGCUGAUCCUGGGCCUGAUAUGGACGCUGAUCCUGCACUACUCCAUCUCCAUGCCCAUGUGGGACGAGGAACAGGAGGAGGACGAGGGCAAGCAGAAGACGCCGAAGCAGAGGCUGCUGGGAUGGAUCCAGAACAAAGUGCCAGACCUGCCCAUCGCCAACUUCAGCCGUGACUGGCAGACAGGCCAGGCCCUGGGCGCUCUCGUGGACAGCUGUGCCCCAGGUCUGUGUCCUGACUGGGACUCCUGGGACCGGAGCAAGCCGGUGGAGAAUGCCCGCGAGGCCAUGCAGCAGGCUGACGACUGGCUGGGAAUCCCACAGGUCAUCACCCCCGAGGAGAUCGUGGACCCCAACGUGGACGAGCACUCCGUCAUGACCUACCUGUCCCAGUUCCCCAAAGCCAAGCUGAAGCCCGGAGCUCCCCUCCGCCCCAAGCUGAACCCCAAAAAGGCCCGCGCCUACGGACCGGGUAUUGAGCCCACAGGUAACGUGGUGAUGAAGAAGGCUCUGUUCACCGUGGAAACCAUCAGCGCCGGGAUGGGGGAGGUGCUGGUGUACGUGGAGGACCCGGCGGGCCACAGGGAGGAGGCUAAAGUCACCGCCAACAAUGACAAGAACCGCACGUACUCUGUGGUCUACGUACCCAAAGUCACUGGACAGCACAAGGUGACCGUUCUGUUUGCGGGCCUGCACAUCUCCAAGAGCCCCUUCGAGGUGGAGGUGGGCAUGGCCCAGGGGGAUUCCAGCAAGGCCACCGCCCAGGGCCCCGGCCUCGAACCCGCGGGGAACAUCGCCAACAAGACCACCUACUUCGACGUGUACACCGCAGGAGCUGGGGUAGGGGAAGUGGAAGUGGUGAUUGUCGACCCCAGCGGGAAGAAGGAUACUGUGGAGUGUCAAAUAGAGGACAAAGGAAACAGCAGCUACCACUGCACUUACAAACCUGUCCAGGAGGGGGCGCACACCAUCCAUGUCACCUUCGCUGGUGGGCAGAUCUCCAAGAGCCCCUUCACCGUCACCGUGGGCGAGGCCUGCAACCCCAGCCUCUGCAGGGCGUCCGGGCGUGGCCUUCAGCCCAAGGGGCUGCGGACCAAAGAGGCCGCCGAAUUUAAGGUGUUCACCAAGGGAGCCGGGACAGGAGACCUCAAAGUCACCAUCAAAGGACCCAAGGGCCUCGAGGAGCCCUGCAAGAGGAAGGACCUGGGAGACGGCACGUACGGCUAUGAGUAUUACCCGACCACGCCCGGCAACUACAUCAUCACCAUCACCUGGGGAGGGCAGCAGAUUUCACGCAGCCCGUUUGAGGUGAAGGUGGGCACGGAUGCCGGUCCCCAGAAGGUGCGGGCAUGGGGCCCAGGACUGGAGGGUGGCAUCGUGGGAAAAUCUGCGGACUUCGUGGUGGAGGCUGUCGGGGACAAUGUUGGCACACUGGGGUUCUCCGUGGAGGGCCCGUCCCAGGCCAAGAUCGAGUGCGACGACAAGGGCGACGGGUCCUGCGACGUGCGGUACUGGCCGAUGGAGGCGGGCGAGUACGCCGUGCACGUCCUCUGCAACAACGAGGACAUUCAGCACAGCCCCUUCAUGGCCGAGAUCAAGCCAUCGCCAGGAAAGGACUUCCACCCAGAGAAGGUGAAGGCCCAUGGCCCUGGGCUGGAGAGCAGUGGCCUAGGAGUGAACAAGCCUGCGGAGUUCACUGUGGAUGCCAAGCUGGGAGGCAAAGCUCCUCUGAAAAUCCACGCCCAGGACGGCGAGGGGAAUCCUGUGGAGGUGCAGGUGAAGGACAAUGGGAACGGGACGUACAGCUGCAGCUACACCCCCAAAAAACCCAUCAAGCACACUGUGAUGGUGUCAUGGGGUGGAGUCAACAUCCCCAACAGCCCAUUCAGAAUGAAUGUGGGAGCCGGUUGUCACCCCAACAAGGUGAAAGUGUCAGGACCCGGAGUUGCCAAGACGGGCCUGAAAGCCUUCGAGCCCACGUACUUCACUGUGGACUGCGCCGAGGCAGGCCAAGGAGACAUCAGCAUCGGGAUCAAGUGUGCCCCGGGCGUCGUGGGCCCCACCGAGGCCGACAUCGACUUCGACAUCAUCCGCAACGACAACGACACCUUCACCGUCAAGUACACCCCCCCGGGCGCCGGGAGCUACACCAUAAUGGUCCUGUUCGCUGAUCAGGCCAUCCCCAUGACGCCCAUCCGGGUGAAAGUGGACCCGACGCACGACGCCAGUAAGGUGAAGGCUGAAGGCCCGGGUCUCAGCCGCAGCGGUGUGGAACUGAACAAGCCCACUCACUUCACUGUGAACACAAAGGGAGCGGGGAAAGCCAAGCUGGAUGCCCAGUUUGUCGGGCCCACCAAGGCAGACGCCGUCACCGACUUCGACAUCGUCAACAACCACGACAACACCUACACCGUCAAGUACACACCCGUGCAACAGGGGAAUUUGGGUGUGAACGUCACCUAUGGCGGGGACUCCAUUCCCAGAAGCCCCUUCUCUGUGGCAGUCGCCCCUACUGUGGACCUGAGCAAGGUCAAGGUCUCUGGCCUUGCAGACAAGAUGCCUGUUGGCAAAGACCAGGACAUCACGGUGAAGACCAAAGGAGCUGGAGGACAGGGCAAGGUGGGCGCCAAGGUGACCAGCCCCGCGGGGAAGGCCCUCCCCUGCAAGGUGGAGCCGGGCCUGAGCCCGGAGACCAGCCAGGUGCGCUUCAUCCCCCGCGACAAGGGCCCCCACCAGGUGGAGCUGACCUACGACGGGGUCCCCAUUCCCGGGAGCCCCUUCCCCGUGGAGGCCGUGGCCCCCACCGACCCGUCCAAGGUCCGGUGCUCUGGUCCAGGUCUGCAGCGGGCUAAAGUGGGCGAGCCGGGCAAGUUUGUGGUGGACUGCACCAACGCCGGCCCCGCCGAGCUCACCAUCGAGAUCAUCUCCAGCAACGGCACCGAGGCCGAGGUCCACAUCCAGGACAACGGCGACGGCACCUACACCAUCACCUACAUCCCCCUGUACCCCGGGGCCUACACCCUCACCAUCCGCUACGGGGGCCAGGACGUGCCAAACUUCCCCGCCCGCCUCAACGUGGAGCCUGCCGUGGACUCCAGCGGGGUCAAGGUGUUCGGCCCAGGAGUGGAGGGCAAAGGAGUGUUCAGGGAGGCCACCACCGACUUCACGGUGGACGCCCGCGCUCUGACCAAAUCCGGCGGGAACCACAUCAAGACCUGCAUCAACAACCCCUCCGGCAACUGCACCGAGGCCCUGAUCCGGGACCUGGGCGACGGCACCUACCAAGUGGAGUACACGCCUUACGAAGAGGGCGUGCACAGCGUGGACGUGGCGUACGACGGCUCCCCCGUGCCCAAGAGCCCGUUCCGCGUGCCGGUGACGGAGGGGUGCGACCCCGCCCGCGUGCGGGUGCACGGGCCCGGCCUGCAGUCCGGCAUCACCAACAAGCCCAACAAGUUCACCGUGGAGACGCGCGGUGCGGGCACUGGUGGGCUGGGGCUGGCAAUGGAAGGCCCAUCUGAGGCGAAGAUGUCCUGCACCGAUAACAAAGAUGGCAGCUGCUCUGUGGAGUACAUCCCCUACGAGCCGGGAAAGUACAACCUCAACGUCACGUACGGCGGCCAGCCAAUCACUGGUAGCCCUUUCUCCGUGCCUGUCCACGACACGGUGGACUCCUCCAAGGUGAAGUGCCAGGGCCAGGGCCUGGGCACCAACGUCCGGGCCAACGUCCCCCAGGUCUUCACCGUGGACGCCAGCAAGGCUGGGGUGGCCCCUCUGAAGGUCCGCGUGCAGGGCCCCAAAGGUGUGACCGAGCCAGUGGAGGUGGCGGAUAACGGCGACCAAACCCACACGGUCAGCUACGUUCCCACGCGCGAAGGCCCCUACUCCAUCAACGUGCUGUACGCUGAUGAGGAGAUCCCACACAGCCCCUACAAGCUGAAGGUGUUGCCCACUCACGAUGCCAGCAAGGUGCGUGCCAGCGGCCCGGGCCUCAACACCACUGGCGUGCCAGCCAGCCUGCCCGUCGAGUUCACCAUCGACGCCAAGGAUGCCGGGGAAGGGCUGCUGGCGGUGCAGAUCACGGAUCCGGAGGGAAAACCGAAGAAGGCCAACAUCAGGGACAACCAGGACGGGACGUACCUGGUGUCCUACGUGCCGGACAUGACUGGGCGCUACACCAUCCUGAUCAAGUACGGGGGCGAUGAGAUCCCGUACUCGCCCUACCGAAUCCGAGCCCUGCCCACUGGGGAUGCCAGCAAGUGCACCGUCACAGGGGCUGGGGUGGGACCGACCAUACAGAUCGGCGAGCAGACGGUGAUCACGGUGGACGCCAAGGCGGCGGGGAAGGGCAAGGUGACGUGCAGCGUUUGCACGCCCGAAGGGGCGGAGGUGGACGUGGACGUGGUGGAGAACGAGGACGGCACCUUCGACAUCUUCUACACGGCCCCACAGCCCGGGAAGUACGUCAUCUGCGUGCGCUUCGGAGGAGAGCACAUUCCCAACAGCCCCUUCCAGGUCACGGCCCUCGACGGAGGUCCCACAGAACAGCUGAUGCAACAGAGCCAGGUUCCACAAUAUGCCUACGCGCCCAACAUGGGCCAGCCCUGGGCAACUGACCAGCCAAUGGGCAUGAACGGACUGGAUGUAGCUGGCCUACGACCCUUUGACCUGGUCAUUCCUUUCACCAUCCAGAAGGGAGAGAUCACAGGCGACGUCCGGAUGCCCUCUGGGAAGGUAGCCAAGCCGGACAUCACGGACAACAAAGACGGCACCGUCACGGUCAAGUAUGCUCCCACCGAGGCCGGCCUGCACGAGAUGGACAUCAAAUACGAUGGCAUCCACAUCCCAGGAAGUCCUCUGCAGUUUUACGUGGACUAUGUGAACAGUGGUCAUGUGACUGCCUACGGCCCUGGGCUGAUCCACGGCAUGGUCAACAAACCCGCGGUCUUCACGGUCAACACCAAAGACGCCGGUGAAGGUGGCCUGUCCCUGGCGAUUGAGGGCCCGUCCAAGGCGGAUAUUAGCUGCACUGAUAACCAGGACGGGACCUGCACAGUGUCCUACCUCCCGGUCCUGCCAGGCGACUACAACAUCCUGGUCAAGUACAACGACAAGCACAUCCCUGGGAGCCCGUUCAUGGCCAAGAUCACAGGCGACGACUCGAUGAGGAUGUCCCACCUGAAGGUGGGGUCUGCGGCGGACAUCCCGCUGGACAUCGGCGAGCUGGACCUCAGCCAGCUGACCGCCUCUCUGACCACGCCCUCCGGGAGGGAGGAGCCCUGCCUGCUCAAGAUGCUGCGCAAUGGCCACGUGGGCGUGUCCUUUGUACCCAAGGAGAUUGGGGAGCACCUGGUGAACAUCCGCAAGAACGGGCGGCACAUUCCCAGCAGCCCCAUCGCCGUGACGAUCAGCCAGUCGGAGAUCGGCGACGCCAGCCGCGUGCGGGUGUCCGGGCCGGGCCUGAGCGAGGCGCACACCUUCGAACCCGCCGUGUUCGUCAUCGACACCAGGGAAGCAGGUUACGGGGGACUCAGUCUGUCGAUCGAAGGCCCCAGUAAGGUGGACAUCAACACAGAGGACCAGGAGGACGGGACCUGCAAGGUGACCUACUACCCCACUGAACCAGGAAAUUACAUCAUCAACAUCAAAUUUGCUGACCAGCACGUGCCAGGAAGUGCCUUCACGGUGAAGGUGACGGGGGAGGGCAGGAUGAAGGAGAGCAUCACCCGUCGCCGGCGAGCCGCGUCCGUGGCCAACGUGGGCAGCCAGUGCGAUCUGAGCCUGAAGAUCCCAGAAAUCAGCAUCGCUGACAUGACCGCUCAGGUCACCAGCCCUUCUGGAAAAGUCCACAAGGCCGAGAUCAUGGAAGGGGAGAACAACACGUACUGCAUCCGCUUUGUUCCCACGGAGAUGGGCAUCCACACGGUCAGCGUGAAGUGCCAGGGCCAGCAUGUCCCCGGAAGCCCCUUCCAGUUCACUGUGGGGCCCCUGGGGGAGGGAGGGGCCCACAAGGUCCGCGCUGGAGGCCCCGGCCUGGAGAGGGCCGAAGCUGGGGUGCCAGCUGAGUUCAGUAUCUGGACCAGAGAAGCGGGGGCAGGCGGCCUGUCCAUCGCAGUGGAGGGACCCAGCAAGGCUGAGAUCACUUUCGAGGACCGAAAGGACGGGUCCAGCGGUGUGUCCUACACCGUCCAAGAGCCAGGCGACUACGAGGUGUCGAUCCGGUUCAACGACGAGCACAUCCCCGACAGCCCCUUCAUCGUUCCUGUGGCCUCCCCCUCGGACGACGCCCGACGCCUCACUGUUGCCAGCCUUCAGGAGUCUGGGCUGAAGGUGAACCAGCCGGCCUCUUUCGCCGUGAGCCUGAACGGCGCCAAAGGCGUCAUCGACGCCAAGGUGCACAGCCCGUCCGGCGCUCUGGAGGAGUGCUGCGUCACCGAGAUCGACGAAGAUAAGUACGCCGUGCGCUUCAUUCCCCGGGAGAACGGGCUCUACCUGAUCGACGUGAAGUUCAACGGCUCGCACAUCCCCGGCAGCCCCUUCAAGAUCCGCGUGGGGGAGACGAGCCAGGCGGGAGACCCCGGCAUGGUGUCUGCCUACGGGACCGGCCUGGAGGGAGGCAGCACAGGUUCUCCCUGUGAGUUCAUUGUGAACACCAGCUCGGCGGGCCCUGGGGCCCUGGCCGUUACUAUCGACGGGCCCUCCAAAGUGAAGAUGGACUGCCAGGAGUGUCCCGAGGGCUACAAGGUCACAUACACCCCUAUGGCUCCUGGGAACUACCUGAUCUCCAUAAAGUACGGGGGACCCUACCACAUCGUGGGCAGCCCCUACAAGGCCAAGAUCACCGGGUCGCGCUUGGUGAGCAGCCACAGCAUGCACGAGACCUCCUCGGUCCUGGUGGACCCGGUGUCCCGCAGGGUGUCCACCAGCCAGCAGGGGGCGCCGGGGUGGGCCUCCUCCGACGCCAGCCGCGUCGUAGCCAAGGGGCCCGGCCUGAGCAAGGGGUACGUGGGCCAGAAGAACAGCUUCAGCGUGGACUGCAGCAAAGCAGGGAGGAACAUGCUGCUGGUGGGCGUGGACGGUCCCAGGGUGCCGUGCGAGGAGAUUUUGGUGAAGCACUUGGGCAACCGCCAGUACAACGUGUCGUACCAGCUGAAGGAGAAGGGGGAGUACAUCCUGGUGGUGAAGUGGGGGGACGAGCACAUCCCCGGGAGCCCCUACCGUAUCUCUGUGUAGCCCCGCCCCUUCCUCCUGUUUCCCCACGCCCCCUCCAUGGCCCUCUGUACCCCAGUUAUACGUACUGAAACACUGAGCGCCCCCCCUUUUCUGUUCACUAGCUUCACUUCCCUAUUUUUUCUGUAAGCCCUGUAGUUGUCACUUUUUUCAUUUUUAAUUUUACAAACUUACACAUACCUUUUAUUUACAUUCAUGGUGGAAGCUGUAGGCUUAUAUAUGGACAACUGUAGAGACAAACGCAUUUUAGUCAGACUUUUCAAAUAACGGUUUAGUUGCUGCUAGUUUUUUGUUUGUUUGUUUUUUUUUUUUUGCCUGGAUUUAGCAACACUGCUGUUAAAAAAUUGUGAUCAGAGAUUGGAGAGGCGAGUCAGAGAGUGUGCCUUAUUUUUUGCUGGAUGUUAUCGUUCAUUUCACAAGGCUAAACUAAACACCACUGCCCAAGGCUUCAGGGUGUAUUUUCUAAAAAAGAAAAAAAAAGAAAAAAGCCUCUAAUUUGUGGGUUUUUUCAGCAAUUUCUUCAAUUUAGGUAGCCGUGCCACGCCAUGCUGAUUAAACCAGUGAGCUGAUUGGGCUGAUUGCAAAGCAGGGUUUGUUAGAACUGUUUAUUGCAAAAAAUGAAUUGAGAGAAACGAAGGGGAUGCGCUUGAGGUGAAGCAGAUAAUAGAGGAAGCAGCUGAGUAGCUUGUAUAGUGCUGACAGGUGCAACCAGCAGGAUAUAUAUUUGGAUUUAUUAUUUUUUUCUAAUUCAGUGUUACUGGUAGAUGAAACUGCUGUUUUUUGACAUUCACUUUGAAGCAGUCUCAUGACUUCACUGUCACCACACCCGACCCCACCGCCCAACCCUCUUGGUAUUUGUUAUUAUGUAAUCAGCAUAUCAGAGUAAUGAGAAAAAGAUGUGUCCUAUGUGAAUGAGAUAAAAGAAAUGGCUUUUAAGCAAUGACUGUUGCAGUUACAUUUUGAUAAACAAUAAAGUUGUCUAAAGUAUUUUUGCUGUA